UCGCUGCACGAAGCAAAACCGGCGCUCUGGUUGUAUCCGCCGCCAUUGUCGCACAGCCGCAGUUCACGCAUGCGCGGAUGCGUUUGGUUUGCGCGCGAAAAUAAUAUUAUUUUUAUUUUCGUUUAAUAUAUUGACUGAAAGAUAAUUCCAGGGCUGUAAAACUUAAUUUAAAAAAAUAAAGGAAAGGUAACAUUCAAUUCGCGAAUUUAAUAGUGACCGUUCUUUUUUUUAAAUUAGUAAAUGGUAAAUAAGAAAUUUUAUUAUUUUGGACUGUUAUAAUUAUUUUUAUAAGUGAUUUGUGUGUUUCUGAAGAAAGAAAGUUGUACUGAAAUGAAGUACAAGGUGAAGGACGUGGACGCAGAGAGCCGUCAUUCGGGCAAAUUGCCGGACAAUAAACUGGAAGAGAAAUUAGAACGCACGGUCCGAUGCUCGUCCGUCCUGAUCGGUGCGCUGGGGCUGUCCCUCGUCGCGCUGGCUGUCUACACCACAGUUCUGGUACUCACCGAGUACAGGACACCCAGACCCUGCAUCAGCGAGGAGUGUGUCGGCACAGCAUCACGAAUCCUCCAAGCCCUAAACAAAGACAUGGAUCCAUGCAAGGACUUCUACGAGUACGCGUGCGGAGGCUGGAUCAAAAAAAACCCAGUGCCGGAUUGGUCUACGUCCUGGGACCAGCUGGCGAGGCUCCGGGAACAACUGGUGUCAGAUCUGAGGGAACUGCUGGAAGCCAAAGACGAAGAUGGACUCCCCACGAGUGUAUUAAAAGCGAAAUCUUUGUACAGGACUUGUGUUGAUGUUGAAAAACUCGAAGUAGACGGCAUCAAGCCUAUUGAGCGUAUCCUGGGUAAGUUGGGUCUACCGCCCCGUCCGCCGCAGGAGGCCGGCGUCAACUUCACUUGGGAGAUGACCGCUGGUACGGGCAGAAGAAUGCUCGGCCUCAAUGUGCUGCUGAGCGUGCAGGUGGCCGAGGAUGUGAGGAACACCAGCAGGAACAGGGUUGUGAUCGAACAAGUGUCCCCUGGGUUCAGCGACCGGUAUCUACUCCAGCCGGAGCAGUUCGCCCACGAGCUCGCCCAGUACCACAAGUACAUAAAAGACAUGAUCACCAUCGCAGACCCUGACACUGAUGCUGCCAAGUUUGCUGAUGAUAUUGUCAACUUCAGUAAGAGCCUCGCUAAGAUAAUGACUCCUGUGGAGGUCCGCCGCAGCGGCACGCACCUGUUCCACGAGGUCAGCGUGCAGCAGUUCGUGCAGGGCUCCAGCGGUGGACCCGCGCACUGGAAGGAGCACGACUGGGACGGCUACCUGAAGCUGGUGUUCGCCAACACGAGCGUCACCCUCCACCCGCACCAGGACCGCAUCAUCGUGAUGGACCUGCCGUAUCUCCAGAAGCUGGCAACCCUGCUAUCAGACACUGAGACUGUCGUAAUCGAGCGUUUCCUGUGGUGGAGCGUGUUCUCGACGGUGGCUCCGAUGACGCUGGCCUCGUUCCGAGACCUCGGGUUCGAGUUCUCGCGCGCGGUGUUCGGGCUGCAGCAGCGCACGCCGCGCUGGAAGAGCUGCACCGCCAACGUCAACGCUAACUUCGGGGUCGCGCUCAGCUACCUCUACGUCAAGAGACACUUCGACCACGACUCCAGGCAGAAGGCGAUAGAGAUGGUGGAGGACGUGCGCGAUGCGUUCGCGGCGGCCGUGCAGCAGCUCGAGUGGAUGGACACCAGCACGCGCCUCAAGACGCUCUCCAAGCUGAAGGCCAUACGGAACUUCGUCGGGUUCCCUGCCUGGCUGCUCACACACCAGCAGCUCGAUAAACACUACAAACACGCAGAAGUGGUGGAAGGCAAUCUAUUCGAGACAUAUUUGAAGUUGACAUGGGCAGCAGUCAAGAAGUCCUUGGAGUCAUUGAGGGAGAAGCCUGAUAGGAACAGAUGGGUGGCCACCGCGACUACGGUUAACGCGUUUUAUUCAGCUACCCUCAAUUCAGUCACGUUCCCGGCCGGUAUACUGCAGCCACCUUUCUAUGGCAAUGGGAUUGAGGCCAUAAACUAUGGAUCUAUCGGUGCUAUAAUGGGUCAUGAAGUAACGCAUGGCUUCGAUGAUCAAGGUCGUCGUUACGACGAGGAGGGUAACCUGAAGCAGUGGUGGUCGGCGGCGACCCUGGAGCACUACCACGGGAAGGUGCAGUGCAUCAUCGACCAGUACAGCAAGUACCACCUGCCGCAGCUCCCCAACUAUACGGUGCACGGGUUCAACACGCAAGGUGAAAACAUCGCAGACAACGGAGGCCUACGAGCGGCACUCCGCGCCUACACUCUGUAUCGGCGCCGCUCAGCCACCCGGCCAGCCGCAUUGCCCGGCCUGCCGCAUCUCUCGCCCGAGCAACUGUUCUUCCUCGGUUUUGCGCAGAUAUGGUGCGGCAACUCAACCGUGGGCGCUCUCAAAUCCAAGAUGGUGGAAGGGGUGCACAGCCCCAACAAGAUCCGCGUGAUUGGCACCCUCAGCAACUCCAAGGAGUUCGCGGAAGCCUGGCAGUGCCCCACGGGUUCCCCCAUGAACCCCGAACACAAGUGCAUACUGUGGUGAUACUUGUUUGUGAUUAGUUAGUGAACCAAAGACAAUCCACAGGUUACCAUGAAGUUACCACCUUAGUCGAACAUUUAAUAUUGUACUCUCGCAUUAUUUGCAUUAGCUGUCAAUUUUAAUAGAAAAUGUACCGUCAGAACUGUAGUGUUGAAGGUAGGGUAGCCAGAAGUAUUGUCAAUUGUCGAUAGCAUCUCAAACGCAACACUUUACCUAUGUAUAGUUGAAUCCAAAGUGGCAGAGGGCGAUCCUACCGCCGUCUAUUGGACUCAUUUGAAUCCAUCAUUGUCACGUUAGAUUCAAAUAUAUAUUAAAAAUAUUAUACAGGGGAGAUCCCAUCGCCGGCUGUCGGACUCGUUUGAAUCCGUCAUUGCCACGUUGAAUUCAAAUAUAUAUUCAAAAUACUAUACGGGGGCGAUUCUCAAAAUAUUCAUCAAACCUAUUAAAUAUAUUGAUGGUUCUAGUUGAAUAACC